AUGGUCAAAACUGUUAACAUUGCUAUCAUUGGUCCUGGCCUCGUUGGAUCAGAGUUCAUUAAUCAAUUGGCAAACAUCAAGUCAACUGCUAUCAAGUACAAUUCAAUUUUGAUUUCUUCUUCCAAGAAGGCAUUGAUCUCCCAAGAGUACAAGCCUCUCAAUUUAUCUUCUUGGUCCGAGGACUUUAAGAAUACCGAAACCGGGGCUUUAUCCUCUUCUGAAUUAUUAUCCUUCUUGACAAAAUCCGUUUCUUUACACCCAACUAUUUUGGUUGACAACUCUUCAAGUGUUGAAUUAUCUGACAACUAUCCUAAAAUUUUAGAAGCUGGUGUUUCAAUUGCUACUCCUAACAAAAAGGCAUUUUCAGGUGAUAUUUCUUUGUGGAAUGCUAUUUUCGGUGCCAGUGCAACAAAGGGGAGUUUGGUUUAUCAUGAAGCUACCGUUGGGGCUGGUCUUCCAGUGAUCAGUACAAUCAAGGAUCUCAUUGCUACUGGUGAUGAAAUUGAGGAAAUCGAAGGUAUUUUCUCCGGUUCAUUGUCUUACAUUUUCAAUGAAUUAUACUCUUCUGGUAAGAAAUAUAGUGAAAUUGUUACCAUUGCUAAAUCUUUGGGUUACACUGAACCAGAUCCAAGAGAUGAUUUGAAUGGUCAAGAUUUUGCUAGAAAAGUUCUUAUUUUAUCUAGAUUAUCCGGCUUUGAAAUUAAAAGUUUGGCUGACUUGAAAGUCGAUUCUUUGAUCCCAGCUGAUUUAGAAGAUGCCAAAUCUGGCUCUGAAUUCUUAGUUAGAUUGCCAAACUAUGAUCAAGAUAUUGAAUCAUUGAAAGAAGCCGCUGCCAAGGAAGGAAAAGUUGUAAAAUACACCGGUAAAAUUGACAUCAAGAAUAAGACCGCUAGUGUCGGUAUCCAAAAGUACGACAAAGCCCAUCCUUUUGCCAACAUGAGCGGCUCAGAUAAUGUCAUUUCCAUCAAGACGAAGCGUUAUACCAACCCUCUUAUAAUCCAAGGUGCUGGUGCUGGUGCAGCUGUUACUGCUGCUGGUGUUUUGGCUGAUACUAUCAAAAUUGCUGAAAGAUCAUAA